CAGCUGGCCUUGGGCAGUGUUUGCUGUGUUCAUUUACCUGUGCAGUAUUAACAGAAAAGCCUCGUGCCAAGUAGUAAACACAGUGUGAAUCAGUUUCAUAUUCAUAACUGUGAGUCACAUCUGCAUUGACUGUUACUAGCCAUAGCAAUGGACGAAUAACAAGAUCACGAACGUGUUUAUCUUCCUGACAAGGCAAGGUUAAGCCGUGUGCAGACACUCUCCAGUGACGCUGUGGUUCACAAAUAUUGUCCGUGUACACGUAAGUGUUCCUAGAGACGUGUAGUGGAAAGAUUGCUGCGAUGGCUACUCUAAAGGUUCUCAGGAUGCCAACUUUCAACCUAACUCGACUACUGACGCAAAGUGCGGCUUCACACGUUCCCUCGGGUACUCAGGAACCAAAGGACGGCGGAGAAGCACAAGAGGAGUGGAAGCAAAAAGGAAGAAUCCAUUCCAAGAAGUCCGUCAAAGUGAAUUUGGUGGGUGGGAAGCGGUAUCUGUGGUGCGCCUGUGGAUACAGUAAGAACCAGCCGUUCUGUGACGGGACACACCUAUGGAGCAGAUUCCGGCUCAAAAUCAAGCAGCAUCCGGUGUUUUUCAAGGCCCCGAAGGAUAUGACAGCGUCCUUGUGUCUCUGUAAGCAAACCAACAAACCUCCGUACUGCGACGGCACCCACCGCAGGAAGGAAGUGCAAGAGGCAGUUAUCGAGGAGCCUAAGUGAGAGGGGACGUCUUCGGGUCGAGAUCAGGGUGGCAUUGGUCAGCGGAUGUCUUUGAUGAUUGAUCGACUGAUUGAUCGAAUUUGUAGCACUGCAGAAACCAAGACAUAUGGUGUCGUACGCUGUUGAUAAACUGCUGAUAAGAAGGUGAACUCGUAGAAUGGAGCAAAGUUUUACCACUGUUUAAUUCAUGUCAAUCUAUUCCUAGUUGUACAUACAUGUAUAUGGUAAUGGUCACUCAAUACACGUGUUAAAUAUAUUGAUAGGUGUAACAGGAAAUCUAUUAUGAAUAAAGUAGCUAUCACAUUUAAGAAA